UAGUUUCUAGCAGAGUUAAGAUAAGGCUUUCUGAGAAACGUAGACUAGUUGGACGGCAUUCCAUUUAGAAAUAACUAUGUCUGCUCAGCAGCUGGGACUUCUCUAAGAAACUUGGAUAUAUAAAGUCAGCCUUGUAAGAUGUCCCUGAUGGCCACCUCUGGCCCGCGUUCGUCUGUGUUUACAUUUGAGUCUACAGUGCAUUCCUCCCAUGUGCUGCGCUGCCUGGACGAGCAGCGUCGCCGGGACAUGUUUUGUGAUGUUACUGUGGUGGUGGAGGGUCAGAGUUUAAGAGCCCACCGCUCAGUGCUCGCUUCCUGCAGCGAGUACUUCACACACAGGAUCUCCUCCCUCACUCAGCAUGGAGCGGUCAUCACUCUGCCACAAGAGGUGACAGUUGCUGGCUUUGAACCCUUGCUGAAGUUUGCUUACACAUCGAAACUUCUCUUCGGGAAAGACGAUGUCUUGGAAAUACGCAACUCAUCUUCCAUUCUUGGUUUCAGAGACCUAGACGAGGCAUGCUUUGAUUUCCUCCUCCCCAAGUUCUUCUCCAGCAAUGGCUCUGCUCCUGUUCCGAGAAACACCUGUUGUAAGAAGAAAUGUAAGAGGCAAUUAUCAAAGGAAGACAUUGACUCUGACGAUGUGUUGUUGGACGAGAAAGACGUAAAACCAGUUGCUGACUCAACAUCUACGCAGGAAGUGACUUGGCACUGUCAGAAAUUAGUGAACAGCAAAAUGUUUAGUCAGAACUGUACAAGCACUGUUACACCUGAAGCUGAAGGGACAAAUGAUAAUUUUGUGCAAUGUCCUAAGUAUCGCAAGUUCCAGUUGGCUUGUGGGAAGGAAAAUUGUGUCACAGAUAAAAGUCUGAACAAACCAACAACAGUAAUCAGGGAUUACUGUGACCUCUCCUACUCGCCCUGCUCCAGCAUUGCUAACAGUAAAAAUGAAACUGACGUCGAAGUUCAAGGUAAUUCAACCUCAAAUUCCACCAGACAGAGCAAAGGAGGGGCUGAUGAGCCAUGGAAAACUGAAAUACCUGACAAGAAAACAGAGUAUGGCGGAGGCAGAGGGGGGAUUGAUAUGCUUGAGAAAGACACGCAUGAAAGGCCGAGAAAAUGGAAUAAGAAGGAAAGAGAGAUUAAUGUGGAGGAAGACGCCAGCUCUUCAGACAGAUCCAAUGUCAAGGCAGUCUCCUCAGGGCCAUGCACAGUGCUGGGUGAGAGGUCGUCAGGGUUAAUAUUGCACCAUUGCCCCCUGAAGACCUUUGGUGAGGCCCCUGCAAUCACUCGGGCACUGGGGCACAAAAGGUUUGUCAUGGACAUUACAGAGGGCAAGAAAACAAGGGAGUCUGGUGCACUACCACCUGUAUCCAUUCACGAAAAGACAGAGGAACAGGUUGAAGCUGAGUGGAAAAUGGCAGACGAUGAGAUAGAUUCUGGCUGGCAAGAAAAAGGCAGCAUGGCGAGAGCGUCCUUGUCAGUAAAUAAUGGCAGAGAAAGGAGCACCGUGGAAAGGGAGGUGGCCGAGGACCUGGCCAAGCGGCUGGGGUCCGAUGUGAGCUUUCCUCAGCUGAAUUUCCAGCAUCAUGAUGCAGGAAGUUCCUCUGAUACAGUGAGUGGACGGGCACAGAGCACAUCUUUAGACUGCCUGAAUUUCUACAACCUCAGCUCCACAAGCACCAGCUGUUUUUUUUUCCAGGAUCUGGACCAAAACAAAUGUCCAUGGAAGGGAGCAGAGCUGUCUGAGUGUGAGGGGGCGUCUCAGUCAGGUGUGUCAUCGCUCAAUUCAGGGGAGGAUGGAGAGUCAGAGACAGAAACAGAAGGAGACAGUGAGUCCUACACAAGGGAGAGGGCCAGACAGGUGCAGUUGCCAUUCUCUGUAGAGUUGAUUGUGGAUUUGAGCAGAAAUGACUUCCAACAGCUGCUAAAGCAACAGGUCUUUACUCCGGAACAGCUGGAGUUUGUCCACGAUAUGAGACGCCGCAGCAAAAACCGCCUCGCAGCUCAGCGUUGCCGCAAGAGGAAACUAGACUGCAUAUACAAUCUGCAGUGUGAAAUCAACAAGCUGAAGACAGAGAGGGAGAAACUGAUGACGGAGAAGAGCCAUCUGAGCCAGCUCAAGUUGAAAACACGUCACAGUGUUUCUGCAUUAUGCCAGAGGGUCUGCAACGAAGCCAACCUGCAGCCAGAGCAGCUCCAGGUGUUAACCAAAUACACCUCCCCUGACUGCCCUCUGUCCUCUUUCUCCACUCACAUAGACACUCUCCUCUCACAGCCAGGGUUGCUACUCCAGCCUCAGGCUUUGCUCUCUGAUUGUUUUGUGGGCCUUGAUAAGUAAAUGUCGUCUGAUGAGGCUUCAUCCGACUCCAAAAGGAAUACAGUCACAGGAGAUGGUCAACAUUCGCUGUAGAUACACAUUCAGCAAAAAACCCAUAGGGUCGGUUAUGAUGUCAAACUAGUUAUUAAAUGGUCCCCACCCUGAAUAAUACAGUAUCUAAAGACAUUACCACAGACUUUGGACUUAGUACAGCCUGCAUAACAAUGCAGUGGCAUACUUGUGAUACAUUUAUAAUGAGAAGGUCGUAAUCACCACACAUUUUAAUUAACUCCUGCUGCCUUUUCAAUUUAAAACAUACAUUGAGUGGUCAGAAUUGCAUUCCAGGCGUCCUAAACCAUUCCUUUUACUUUUACAACAAUUAUAAGUCUCUGAUGACCUUCUGUAGCAAAUGUUUCACACUUGGCAAAUGACUAAUCAGAGUUUGUUUUCUGGUUAAAGCUGAAAGGUACCUGCUUACAAAUCAACAGAGCCAGGGUGCAUGUUGAACAUUGAGACAAACACAACUUUAAUAGUAAAUCAAAGGGAACAAUGGUCUCUAUAUUUAUAAUAUACUUCACUGAUUCAUUACCUCAGGAUAAAACACUUCAUCAUUAUAUAUAUAUAUGUACUUUCAUUCAUUUCAUUAAAAGAAAUAGUUUUAUACAGGUUUCUUUAUGUGUUAAUAGGAAUAUUCAGUAUACGAUACCUCUUGCAGACAGUGUUGGUUCUGCCCUCUCUAUGGAGAGUUCAACACAAAACAGCAUUUUGCACCAGAGAACUCAAUAAAUAGACUUGACAUAGUGUGUCAUGUUUACCUUCUGCUCAUAUGUCAGGCUGUCAUUGUGGUUGUCCGACCACAGUGACACGGCUCUUCUACGGUGCAUACAGGAUGGACUCACUAAAACAAACCUCCCAGAUUUGCCUAAAUAUGUUUUAUGUGCUGUCUAAAGAAAGUGCACCCUAGCAGAGAUUUUAUACAUGAACAAAGUACACUUUUAGGAGAGAAGCUGCUCACAAGAUCAUUUCCAUCAUUCGUCCCACAUUAUGUGUGUCGUCUGUAUUGUGGAAAGUAUUGAACUAUUCUAUCUGUUAUGUACAUAUUGUGUGUUACACAUAUUCUGAUAAUCUUUAACACCCUUAUCUAAAUUACUGUCAAGGAUGAAGAAUUGAGCAUUAACCUGUUGAUGCAUACAGUAUGAGCAUAUUUGUGUUUAUAUUUGGUGUCUCAAAAGCACCAUUUCUGUUCAUUUCCACUUAUAACCUUUGACCUAUUUUCUCCCUGCUUAUAGUAGAUCGUAGACACUCAGGAUUAUUGACAGAAAACCAGCUUCCUAACUUCCUCAUGAGCUAGUUUCACUGUAUUAUAUGUACAUAUGUUUAUAGAUUUAUUUUCACUCGUGAUAAUAAUUACAGUGCAGCUCUCCUUAACAUUAUUUGUGUCAAAUGGGAAAUAAUACAGUAACUACGAAAAAUCAGGUUUAGGCCACAUUGAUUUUAUGAGGAAAUGCUGACUAACCACAUUGUAGUUUGGAGGACAGUGGGGUUUAAAGGUGUUAAAAUGUCAUUAACACAAGAAUGUUUUGUUUGUUUCUCCCACCAAGCUGAACUCAGACUGCACAUUCAUUCAAAGUGAUGCAUGAUAACGCUGGUGCUUAUUGCCCUCUAGUGGCAGUGCAUGUUCAGUCAAUAUGCUGAUGGUAUAAACUGCAAAACAACUGUAAGACUGUUCCUUUAUUUUGAAUGCAAACAAAUGACUGUAUUUUAUAUGACAAUGUCCGAAUGGAUUCCUGCAUUUUUAAGCAAAAGUUAAAAAAACUAAUCAACAUUAAAACAGAAAGAAAUGUC